AUGCCAGCUCUAAUUUCCGAGGAACUUGAUGAGCUAUCCAGUGUCGGCACGGGGACUGUGACUCCUGGCAUUGAGGGACCUAUAACGGCAGCCUCUGGCGAUGAGCUCAGCCAACCCAUGAGUCGAGAGAACCCGAAGCCUUCAGAGGACGACCACGAUGUGUCAGAAGACAAAGAGAGGAAUGUGGUAGACUCAGACCGGUCUCGCAUACAUGCUGCCUCUGCAGAGGACUAUGACCUGGGGGAGCAGCUUCAACGGUCGGCGCAAGAAGAACUUAGCGAGCCUGACACGGAUGUUCGUGUUGGUGAGGAGAACGUUGCCGAAGUCGUCGACUUGCAAGCAGGUGCGGAAGGGGAUAUUACAAUGACGGACGCGGAUGCCGAGGCCGAACCGGACGACGAAAUGCCACAAGACCAUUCCAAGGCCGGCAACGCGCAGGAGCCGAACCAAGUUGCAGAGGCUGAUGAAGACGCGGAAGGCGAAGAAGAGGUGGAGCCACAGAAAGAGAGCGGAGCAGCGGGAGGACAGGAAACCGAGGGCAAAGAAAGCGCAGCAAAUGAAGAAGAGCUAGAGGAGGAGGUAGGCCAUGCAGAGUCCGAGGCAGAGGCUGGUAGCGAUAGCGACGAAAGCUCAGGCAGCGCCGAGCCCGAAGUCGAAUCAUCUCCAUCACAAUCCAAAUCAGUAUCGCGAUCUGGUUCACCUUCUAGACCCGUGUCUGGGUCGGAGUCGGAGUCCGAAUCCGUUGACGAGGAGGAAGACGGCGCCUCAGAGGAAGCCGAAGAAGCCCGGUCAGAGUGCAUCUUCUGCAAGCAAACCGAUGGUCCAGAUGGGAGAGACGAUGAACUGGCUCUGAUAUGCUCGGAGUGCGAUAACCACGCACAUUUGAUGUGCGCCCAAGGCAAGCAAGCAGUGAAGGAUGAUGACAGCACUCACUGGCAGUGUCCGGACUGCUUGAAAAAGGUCGUGCAGUCUGAGUCGCCCAAGGAAAGGGCUGCACGAUCCAAGAACUCCGCUCCUCGACUUGUUAGGGACUUGUUACCCGUCACACGCGGCGUGCAGAGGCCAAAUUCGCAUUCGAUUUUUGCGCAGCCCCUGAUAUCGGAGGGUGAAGACGGAGGCCGUGCUCUGAGGAAGAGAAAGUCUCCAACUCAAGAACCUGUGCCAAUUGAGAAGAGGCGUCUAAAGGCCACGGAACGGGCAUCAGCUGUGGCGACGGCAAGCGUCGCCCCGUCGGUGGACAGCUCCUCUACAACCAUGUCAACGCGGCGAUCGAGUCAAAUGAAAAUCACCAAACCCACUGCACGGAUACUGCAGCAUCGACCUUUCAAUAAACCACCGCCUCAUAAGUUCAUCCUUGCCUUCCGACUAGACCAGCCACGGAUCGAAGCCAUCCUGAACAAGCCUCCUCGCCCCGGGCGACGUAGAGAAAGAAAGGUGCAAAAGAAGAAGGAACCAAAGAUCUCAGCUCCAGUCUACCAACCUCCGGUCCCCAAAUUCCCUGCCCUGCCAACACAUAACCUCAUUUUCCCCUCGGCAUUCACCGACCGCGAGGCCGAAGUCAAUGCCAAACCAUACGAUGGCAUCUUGUCGGAAGCGGAAGCCGAUACGUCGCGUUCGUUACCACAACUCAAAGACCGUGAGCUGUUUGAGAUUGCAAGGAAGGAAGCAGAAGAAGAACGGAGAAGAACAUCUGCGGCAGCCGAGGCGGAGAUCAACGGAGGCGUCGACGCUUCAGCCACGCCUGGCGCGACAUCAGCGACCACGAAACCCAAUCGGUCGACAGUGUCAGGCCCGCCCAGCAAGAUCAAGUGCAUCCAGUUCGGCAAGCAUGUCAUCGACACCUUCUACGCCGCGCCUUACCCAGAAGAAUAUUCACACGAGUCGAGGCUGUUCAUCUGUGAGUUCUGCCUCAAGUACCUCCCUUCCGAGUUCGUCGCCUAUCGACAUAAACUGAAGUGCCCCGCCAAACAUCCACCCGGAGACGAAAUAUAUCGCGAUGGCACCGUCUCGGUGUGGGAAGUCGACGGACGCAAGAAGACAGAGUACUGCCAAUGUCUGUGCCUUAUGGCCAAGAUGUUCCUUGGUUCAAAAACUCUCUACUACGACGUGGAGCCGUUUUUAUUCUACAUCCUCACCGAAUACGAUGAACUGGGAUACCAUUUCGUCGGCUACUUCAGCAAGGAGAAACGACCGGCCAGCCAGAACAAUGUAUCCUGUAUCCUCGUGAUGCCAAUCCAUCAGAGGAAAGGGUACGCUACGUUUCUGAUUGACUUCUCGUACCUGCUUACGAGGAUCGAGCGCAAAGAAGGGUCUCCAGAGAAGCCGUUGUCCGAUAUGGGUCUGACGGCAUACCGCUCGUAUUGGGACUUGACAAUCUCGCGACAUCUACUUGAGCUGCAACGAUCAAAGAUGCCAUUCAGCACGAAGACUCUCAUGGGGAGGACCGGCAUGACCGCUGACGAUGUGAUUCAUUCCUUGGAGCGUCUGUACGCCUUCAUCAAGGAUCCGGUCACGAAGACGUAUGCGAUCAGGUUUGACAAGAAGCUGUAUGAGCGGAUCGUGGACGAGUACGAGCGCAAAGGUCAUCGCAAGAUGAAACCCGAGUUACUGGUGUGGACGCCCUAUAUCAUGGGAAGAAGUGACCGGGAGACGUUGGACGGGCAGGGCCCACUUAAUGCGUUGGCCCCGAGGAGCGACGACGAGGCUGAAGAGGAAGAGGAACAAGCCGAUGCAGAGACGAGUGAAGCUGUUGGCAUCGAUAGCCAAGCGGUCGCCUUCAGGGCUGGGAAGCUCGGAGCUCGUGAUGUUGACCUAUGCGGCGAUAAUGAUGUGGCCGUGGAGGAGCUUUCGCCAAAGUCGAUAUCAAAGUCGACAAAGGAUGCGUCAAGACCGGAGUCGCUUAUUGGCCACGAGGAAGGUGAUGCGGUCGACAUCAAGGAUGCAACUCUUGUCAACGAGUAUGGCCAUGUCGCGCCUGGCCCUCCCCCUACAGGCGCGCUAAACGGCGCCGUCUCGACUCAACUGGUAGCUGACCACGGUGAAGUAAAGAUCAAUGGCCUGGUCAACGGCACUUCCUCUGCGUCCCAGGAGCAUCCUCCAGUCGACCCUCAGCCCCAAGCCAGCCACGUCGAGCAACAAAACCAACCCCAGCCUCCUGAUCGCGAAGCUGACGGGACAGACGGGGCAGAGGAACCCAAACAACCUCCUUCGCCGCCCUUGUACGGCUACGCCCUCGCCUUCCGCCAACACAACAUCCCACCCACACGCUUUCAAAUCGACCCGCCCAUUCCCCCCUCCAUGCUCCGCCGCCAAAACACAAAGAAACGCAGCGCCGCGACCGCGUUCGGCACGCCAGGCAAGAAAAGCGACGGUCUCAGCAGCACAGCUAAGGACACCACGAAUGUCAGCGCCAUGGCGAACAACGUCGCCGUCAGGAGUUCCCCCAGGAAUGCUUCUGCGAAAAGCGGUUUAUCCCAUGGAGCCAACGCCGCCACGGCAACGGCAACGGCAAACGGCUCUGUGAGCUCCACCACGAACGGCACGCGGAGCGCGUCGCCCACCAAGGUGCCGGGCACGCCCGUCCGACGGAGCGGUCGGCGGAGUGGUCUAGCGAACGUCGUCGCGCCAGUGGAUGAUAGCGUGGAAGACGAGGAAGGGGAAGAGGACGAGGAGGAGGAGGGCACCUCUCUGUCUAAAGCCGACUCGGAGGAGGAAGACGGUGACGUGGACGUCGAGGCCUCUUCGUCAAGUGCUCAGGGCGAGGAAGAAGAAGAAGAAGGGGAGUCGGAGGAUGACCAGCAACCUUCUGUCGUGGCCGUUAGCGACGACGAAGCCGAACUAGCCGAAAGCGAGGACGACGAUGAUGCAGAAGUAGACGAAGAUGAAGAAGAGGAAGACGAGGAAGAAAGCGCCGCAGACGACGAUCCGAACGAUCCGGACGCCGAGCCUGAUGAAGAUGAAGAUGAGUCCGAGGAGAGUGAGGACGGCGAUGGCGAGGCAGACAGCGAAGAGGAUGCCGAAGCCGAGGUGGAUAUUCCUGAAGGAGAAGUGGAAGACGAUGACGACGACGCCGACGGCGGUGGUGAUGAUUGA